GAAAACAGCGUUCCCUUUCUCGCAAGAGACGAGUUUGAACUCCCUGGUUUUCGUUGAAGUACUGGUCUUUACAUCCGAUAAUAUUUAUAGAAAUCGUUGAGAUUUCUAUUUGAGAAGAUGGUCCAAAAGAAGCCAAAGAAGAAGGUAGGAAAGAAGGUGGCUGCCGCACCUCUGGCAGUCAAGAAGGUUGAACCGAAGAAGGUAACCAAUCCGCUGUUCGAGAAACGAACUCGUAACUUUGGCAUUGGUCAGGAUAUUCAGCCUGCUCGUGACCUCAGCCGAUUCGUAAGAUGGCCUAAGUACAUUCGUAUACAGCGUCAGAGAGCUGUACUACAAAAGAGAUUGAAAGUUCCACCAACCAUUAACCAAUUUACUCAAACUUUGGACAAGCAAACAGCUACGCAGCUGUUUAAGGUAUUAGAAAAAUACCGACCAGAGUCAGCAGCCAUGAAAAAGGCACGAUUAAAGGCAAGAGCUGAACAAAAAAUCUCAUCAAAGAAGGAAGAAGCUCCAACAAAAAAACCAAAUUUUAUUCGAAGUGGAUCUAACACCGUGACCACUCUGGUGGAGCAAAAGAAGGCUCAACUAGUUGUUGUUGCACAUGACGUCGAUCCUAUUGAAAUCGUAUUAUUCCUCCCUGCUCUGUGUCGUAAAAUGGGUGUACCUUAUUGUAUUGUCAAAGGCAAGGCACGUUUGGGACGUCUGGUCAGACGCAAGACUUGUACGGCAAUUGCUCUUACACAGGUUGAUUCUGGUGACAGGGCCAAUUUUGCAAAGAUUGUCGAAGCUAUUAAGACGAACUUCAACGAUCGAUAUGACGAGAUCAGGCGCCAUUGGGGCGGUGGUAUCUUGGGAAGUAAAUCUGCAGCGAGAAUAGCUAAAUUAGAAAAAGCUAAAGCCAAGGAGCUCGCGCAGAAACAAGGUUAACAUCAUUGAUUAUAUUUGUUUUACAGAUUAUAAAUCUAAAAAUAAAAGAUGGAAAACUUACAAGUCUA